GAAGGGGGCGGACACAGAGAGCCAGUUAGAGGGCCGGAUCGCUGACAGAUAGGAAAGGAAACCAAUCGGAGACAGCUUUUUCGGGGCCCAGCGUCCAAUGACUGGCGGUUUGGUGUAUAGACGCGCUUUCGGCGAGUUUGUGUGAGCUGGUGAGGCCGGAGGAGCCCGAAAGAGGUGGAGGAGGUAGUUGAAGAUGGCGGAUUUUCUGAAAGGUUUACCAGUGUACAAUGAGAGCAACUUCAGCCGUUUUCACGCAGAUUCUGUGUGCAAAGCUUCAAACAGACGGCCCUCAGUUUACCUCCCCACAAGAGAAUACCCUUCAGACCAAAUCAUAGUAACAGAAAAAACAAAUAUACUCUUGCGUUACCUACACCAACAAUGGGACAAAAAGAAUGCUGCAAAGAAAAGAGACCAGGACCAGUUAGAAAUAGGCGAGACAUCUGCCCCUCCACGAAAGAUUGCCCGUACAGACAGUCAAGAAAUGAAUGAAGACACAUAGGAGCCACUUAAAAUCCUCUUCGUCAACUUUCAGUUCACGUCUCAGUUUUUUCCUCCAUUACAGCACAAGGAUCACCAUGUAUUGUGGCUGGGGAGCAUCACAAACUUUUUUUUUUUUUUUUUGCGUACAUCCCACUUCUGUCCGGAUCUCAUAGGAGCCAAAAUUCUAUUUAUUUCUUCCAGAUUUUAUUUAUGCUGUGCUGAAACUGGUUUGGAGAACAGGUGGUGUUGACAUAUCCCCCCUCAGCUUCUUUUUUGUUUGUUUCUUUUUUUUUAAUCACACCGCCCGCAGCUCACCACAAAGGAGUGCAUAUGUUUUUAACUUCAUUUGUCUUGGUAAUGCUGGACUCUGCUUUAGCCUUUUUGCUGCCAUGAUGGCUGUGACCAAGUGCGGCCAAGGUUUUGCUGGCAGUCAGUGGAUUAAUUUAUGUAAGGAUGCAAGAAAUUUGUUUGCUGGUUUGCUAUCAGCUGCUGACAAAAUCUGCUUCAGUUAAGUUUAAUAAAGUUUUUGCAGGUGUAUAAUUCACAGUACACGGCCACAGUGGAUUUUUAGGAAGGAUAAAGUAGCAUUUGCAUGCAGCCCCCCAAUUUGUUUUUAUCUCAAACAUCGGACACUGUUAUCGAAGAUCUUUUCUUCUGCCGUUUAGAAAGACCAUGCCAUUUUAACUAAUUGUUGGCUAGUCUGUUUUGACUGUUUUCUUGUUCCAUUUUCCCUACUCAAGACCCAAGUAGUGACUGAUGUGCCAUAACAGGGUUUCACAUUCUGUUUCAGAGAUCUCUGCAUGACCAACAUUAUUUUUGUGAAGCAUUGGACUUUGUAUAGCUGUCUUAGAUUAAUCACUGCACUGCAUCAUCAACCCAAAAGCCUUUUUGUGUUUGGUCCACUCCUUAGUAUCACUAACUUAAUGGAGAAGUUGGAUAUUCUCUCUGAUGGAGACUGUUAACAAUUGUAACAUGGACACACUGUAUAUUGACCAGGAUGAUUACCAGUACAAUUACAUGGAAUUUCAACAACGUGACUUGCAUCCCAGCUAAAGAAACUCAAUUAAACAAAUGUCAACCAUCUACAGCUUGACAAUUCUUUUGUAUAUUUUGCUUGUCUUGUUUAAAGUCUAACGCAAAGCAACUGUUUAGCUAUGUGACCCAGAAUGUUCUUGGAGCAAAUUUGACACUCAUAACCCAUAGUUGCCUGAAAGCUCAGAUAGUGCUUCCUGAUUAGAAAUGUUGCCUAGAAAAUUUUUGUUGCACACUAGUCAACCAUGUUCUAUUCUGUGAUAAGGAAUAAUCCUGUGGCCUUCCAAUAAAGUCUCUGAAGCAGA